AUGUUUAGUGCUACAGAGUCCAGAUUACAACUGAUGGACAAGGAAGAUGGCCUUGUAGCUGAGCAGUCAUUUACCAACGCAACAACAUCUUCAGGGAACGACUCCAUGGCGCCUUUAAGAACAUUUAAAAGGAACAACGUACCUGUAAGUGCUCCAGGCAAAAGUCCAGUUGUGGAAACAAGUAGCCCAUGUACAGGUGGCUCUUCAGAUGACGCAGAUUAUCCACCAGCUACUGCUUACAUGGAUGUACCUGGGCAUGAGCCCACCAGCUCAUCAUGGACCCUUAGACACGGCUCCAUGAUGUCUCUCUACAAGGUAUGCAGAGGUGUCCUGAACGCUGCCCUCUCAGCCAUAUCCAUAAGGGAGAAGACUGUGAAGGAAAAGGAGGAGAAGCAGGAGGAGAAGGAGGAGGAAGAGAAGCAGGAUGAGGAGGAUAUGGAGGAGAAUUAUGACUAUGAUACAGAGGAGGAGGAGGAUUAUGAUGAGGAGGAUAUGGAUGAAGAGGAAGAAGAAGAAGAGGAAGCUACAAUGGACGAAGAAGAGGAGUAUGAGGAGUAUGAGGAGUAUGAAGAAUACAAUGAAGAAGAUGAAGAUCAAAACUCAGAGAACAACUGUGCAAUCUGUGCCAUAAUCAGAUUCAUAAAUAUGUUCUUGAACUCAGGAAGUACUACUCCUUGA